AAAUACGAAGCUGACUGGUCCUUUUAUUAUUAUUUUUUUCAGAAGAUAUCUCAUGGUUGGACUGUUUUUUUGAAUCCAGAUAGUCAGUCAGAUGAAGAAGACAUUUUAGAGCAUGAUUUUUAUUUAGCUGAUGAUGAAAUUUCCCAAAACAUGACGUAUCAGCUUUCGGUCAAUACCAAUGUCAGGUAUGCUCCCUUCAGCAUUGACUUAUCUGUGAAAUCAAAGGUGUCUAUGCAGAAGGUCAUCCUAGCCAUAUGUCUACUCAUCGCAUUUCAUGUGUUAGUCUUGUUUAAGAUUCUCCCUCAGACGUUGGCUGCUAUGGUAACAGCUAUAACUGCCAUUGCUGUCUUGACUAUUGUGGAUCAGAGACCAUCUGUGCAUGAAGUUGUUGGUUGGACCAAUUUGGAAACUUUGAGCCUUAUCUUUGGAAUUUUAUUCAUAACAUCCAUGCUUUGUGAUACAGGACUAUUUGAACUUAUAGCAGUCAUGAUUUAUAAAUGUACCGGAGGACAUACGUGGUUUCUGCUGACAUCUCUCUUUCUGUCGACUUUCCUACUAUCGGCCCUUCUAGACCCUUUCACAACACUUAUUUUGAUGACAGCUGUAGCCAUUAGGUUGUGUGAAGCUAUGAAUAUAGAUCCAAAACACAUUCUCAUUGCAUUAGUGAUAUUUUCCAAUACGGGAAGCAUUCUGUGCUACUCAACUUUUAAGAAGUAUCAAACUACAAAGAUUGAAUACGGCCAAUAUGCUCUUCAUGUGUUUCCUGCGGUUCUUCUGACCUUUUUAGCUGCUUAUGCUUUGUGGAGAUUAAAGUACAGAGACGUCUCCUGGUUGAGAUUCAAGAAGCCGCUGGAAGUUGAAGAGGUAAAACGAGAACUGGGUGUGUGGAAGAAGUCUUACAACUCUAUCUCUAAUUAUUCGAGAGAAGAGGAGAGCGUCAAGGCAAUCUUGGAGAGAAAAAUGGCCACACUAGAGACACUGAUGAGGAGGAAAUUAUAUGACUCUAAGAUGUCAAUAGAUGAUUAUAAAACAACUUUAACGGAACUAACCAAUUCUAUGAAAAAGAAGAAUAAAUAUCUGCUUUACAAAUCUUGUGCAGUGAUGACAGCUGUUCUCGUUUUACUACUAUUGAGGAAUGCACCCUUGCAUAUCACAUCAGGAUGGACAGCAGUUCUUGGAGCGUUGUGCCUACUUGUUCUUACGGAUUUGAACAGUAUGGAGAGUCUAAUCAACAGAAUUGAAUGGUCCACAUUACUUUUUCUAGCUUCCUAUUACAUUUUUACUAAAGCUCUUGUGAAACUAGAUUUAGUCAGCUAUCUGGUGCACGAAGCUCAAUAUUUCAUAACAAAUUUGGACGAAAAUUACAGCCUGAUGAUUGCAUUGAUUUUUACUGUCUGGGUUUCUGCUUUAUCUUCAAGUGUUGCUCUGCCCUUCUCUGCAGCUGUGAUGGAACUAAUCAAUGAAAAAUAUGAUAAUUGCUCUCCAAUCAUAUAUGCUUUAUCGCUUGGAGCUUGCAUUGGAGUGAACGGGAGUCUGUUAGGAGGUGUCUCGAAUAUUUUGAGUUCUGGAAUAGCUGAACACCACGGUUUUCGUUUCUCUUAUUUGGAUUUUUUGAAGUUUUCCAAUCAUGAUGUUGGCAACGACUGUAUCAAUGGUCUAUCUACUAAUUUGUCAUAUCUGGCUUGAAUGGAACGACUGAAGCAGCGCCACCUUCAGAGUUUUCAUAUACAUUUAUCAUGCUGAUCGAUGUUAGAUAUACUUUUUAGAAAAUAUUUUAAUUUAUUAUUUUGUGUAAUAAAUGUUGUUUUGUA